CCCAAUAAGUGUUUCUAUUCUUGGCUACUUUUGUCCUUCCCAUUCUCCUCCUCCUCCCUCUUCGUCCAAAAAAAAGUUUUUUUUCUAGGGAGGCGAAGAGAAGAAAAGGGAACCCCAUAUCGACUUCCAAACGUUGAAUUCACCAAGACGGUCUAAUCGAUAAUAGCUCGUGUCGUGGCAAUGCUAACUCGGGAGAACCCGGUUAUGCUUGCAUGCAACACGGCCUCAACGAAAAGAUCAACGAUUCUCAUAAUUAUCAUUGUGUUAUGUCCGAUCACGGUUACGGUCAUGUCUCAGAGCUUGGAGCAAGGCUCGGAUGCAGAUUGCCUAUUGAAAUUCAAGAACACGUUGGCAAAUGGUUCGAUUCUUGGCUCUUGGAACCGUUCAACUAGCCCUUGUAAUGGAAAUGUUGCAAAUUGGCUCGGAGUUCUUUGUUAUAAUGAUGUUGUUUGGGGCAUACAACUCGAAGGAAAGGGCUUCUCGGGCAAGUUAGAUAUCGAUCCUUUGGUUCCUAUGAGGUAUCUACGUACAAUAAGCUUCAUGAACAACAAUUUCGACGGUCCGUAUCCUCCGAUCAAGAAGCUCAGUUCAUUGAAAUCAUUGUAUUUAUCCGAUAACCGGUUUAGUGGGGAGAUACCGGACGAUGCAUUCUUCGGUAUGAGGAGUCUCAAGAAGGUUUAUUUAGCAAACAAUGCAUUUGAAGGGAAACUUCCUUCUUCAUUAGCCGCCUUACCAAAACUUCUAGAGGUGAGGGUAAACGGGAAUCAAUUUUCAGGGCUAAUACCCGAUUUCAAGCAGAAUGAUCUUAAGCUAGCAAGUUUUUCCAACAACGAUCUCGAAGGACCUAUACCUGAAAGCCUUAGCACGAUGGUUCCUGGCUCAUUCGCGGGGAACAAAAACUUGUGUAAUGCCCCAUUAAGUCCAUGCUCUCUAGCUCCUGAAUCUCAUCCUAUUCCUUUUAAUCCGACAAGCAUAAACAAAUCAUUCUUCACAAUCUCCAUCAUUUUAAUCGUUGUGGGCAUAAUCCUAGUUAUCAUCGCACUUGUGAUCUUCUUCAUCAUUACCAGAAAUCGGAAUUCCUUAUCACAUUCUCCUUCUAUGAUCGAGGAGAGAGCAGAAAAAUAUCAAGUUUACAAGGAGAAACCAACUGAAUCUGUUGCAAGUCGCGCAAGAAAAAGUGGGGGAGCAGAUCAAGGGAAGCUUUUGUUUGUAAGAAACGACGUUCAAAAGUUUGAUCUUCAAGAUCUUCUUACAGCCUCGGCUGAGGUUCUUGGGAGUGGAACAUUUGGGGCUUCAUAUAAAGCGUCGAUAAUGGGGGGACAAAUGUUGGUUGCUAAGAGAUAUAAACAUAUGAACAACGUCGGGAGAGAAGAAUUUCACGAGCAUAUGCGGAGAUUAGGAAGGCUAAGCCAUCCUAAUUUGUUGCCUCUCGUAGCAUAUUAUUACCGCAAAGAAGAGAAGCUCUUGGUCACUGAAUUCAUGGCAAAUAGUAGCUUGGCGAGCCACCUUCAUGCAAAUCAUUCUGUUGAUCAACCGGUAUUGGAUUGGACGACCCGUUUGAAGAUCAUAAAAGGUGUGGCAAAGGGCUUAGCUUUCUUAUAUACCGAGCUACCAACCCUCACUAUUCCUCACGGUCACCUCAAGUCAUCAAACAUCGUAUUGGACGAGUCUUUCGAGCCACUAUUAACAGACUACUCUCUAAGACCUGUUAUGAACUCAGAGCAUGCACAUAACCUAAUGAUCUCUUACAAAUCGCCGGAGUAUAGCCAGAAGGGUUACAUAAGCAAGAAAACCGAUGUUUGGUGCCUUGGGAUUGUGAUAUUGGAGCUUCUAACAGGGAAAUUCCCAGAGAACUAUCUAACUCAAGGGUAUGAUCCAAACAUGAGCCUAGUAACGUGGGUCAGCAACUUGGUUAAGGAGAAGAAAACGGGUGACGUGUUCGACAAGGAAAUGUCGGGGAAGAAGAAUAACAAAGCCGAGAUGUUGAAUCUGCUGAAAAUAGGGUUGAGCUGUUGUGAGGAGGACGAGGAAAGGAGAAUGGAGAUGAGGGAGGCUGUGGAGAUGAUAGAGAGGCUGCGAGAAAGCGAGUUUGAGGAAGAUUUCGAUUCCAUGCCGAGCAAAAACAAUUUAUGCUCUUCGAGUUUGACGGAUGAUGACUAUAGUUUCGUGAUGAAUCGAUGAUAAAAUUACUGAGAAUAUGAACAAACUUUUGAUUU